CAACAGGAUUGUUCAAUUCUUAAGGUCAAUUUCACUUCUCUCAACCCUCCUAUGUCAACUGCCAUUUAUUACAAUCCAGAAGAAAGACACAGCUUACCUUCAUUAUCUUCCAUCAUGAAUACUCAACAACCACAACCCACCGCGGCCGGGCCCGCGGCCACCUCCCAGCUCCAACCCAAUGGGUCCAUCUCGGGGCAAUCUGUCAGUGGAGACCUGGAACUAUUUUCCACUGCGGGCUCUCAGACUUCCACCGCCCACACCACGCCGGCGUCGCUGUUCUCCGGGCUGUCUCUGGGCAGCGGUCAAUAUUAUGGGGAAGGCAAGUGCUCCUGUAAAUCCAACGCCAACCGUAUCCCCAGACCCCGGAAUGCGUUUAUUUUAUUCAGGCAAAAAUAUCAUCAGAGUGUAUUAGACGAAGGUAGUGUCAUCAGAACCAACCCAGAAGUGUCAAGGGAAUUGGGUAGAAGAUGGAGAGCCCUCCCCAAUGAAGAAAGAGACCAUUGGAACAAAUUGGCAGAAGAAGAAAAGACCAACCAUGCAAAAAAAUUCCCUGGAUAUAGGUAUACUCCCAGGAGAAACGGCAAAGGUAAGAUAUGUGACUUCUGUAAGCAGAAAAAUUUGCGUCAGCAACAACUUCAGUUACACAACCAUCAAAUGCUCCAGUUGCAACAAGACCAGUACACUUCAUACAUGUUACAACAGCAACAAGCUAUGCAACAGUUGGUACCUUCGGGUCAAAACUUGCCUCCGCAGUUUAAUCAACAGUAUCAACAGACGCCCCAAUCUUCCAACGUUAAUUUGCAACAACCUUAUAAUAAUAUGGUGUAUCUCCCCCAGAAUCCCAUUCAAUCGAACUUUCAGUUUCAGUACAAUAAUGAGUUUGUGCCCGGUACUCAGGAGAAAUUGAGUCCACUUUCGCUGAUGCCCAUGCCUUAUGACCACCAUUACCAUCAUCAACAACCACUGCAGAUGCCUCAAGUGCAAGUCCAACAGGGACAACCGCAGCAACAGCCUCAGUUUGCCAUUGGCUAUGAACAGUCCAGGUUCAAUUCUUUACCUACGCCCGUUGGUACCAAUGCGUCCGGAUAUGGAUUCGAUUAUCAGAGUUAACGAUUAUUUUUAGGCCUUUUCAGUUUUUUUGUAUAAUAUAAUGAGUUAUGUAGUUUAGUACAAGAGUCGUUUAGAGGUA